CGUUAGGUUUGCCAAACUAACGCCCCGAGGGGCCCCUUUGAGGGAAGCACAACUAAGGAGCUUUCUUCUUUCUUCUUCCUUUUUCUUCGCUCUCUUUCUCUCUCUUCUCCUCUCUAAUGGUGACUUCAUCUUCUUCCUCGAAAACCAGAUCCAGUGGCCCGGUGCUCCGGUCACUCUCACCGGGCGGCCGAUUCUGUAACUCUCCUUCUUUGUCCUCUUCUCCCUCAGCGUUUGCUUCAUCUUCAAGCUUUUACUCGUCUUCUUCCGCUUUCCGUCACGAUGACCAUCGUGAUUUUCCCACUCAUAAUCAUCAAACUAGAUCCACAUCUCCCAGCCGUGUUAAUGUGUAUUCAUCUCCUUCUCUUACGCCUUCUGUCCGUUUUUUUAUUGAUAAUCGUUCGAGUUCUCCGAAUCGAUCGGUUAUCGUUUCCAGGAAAAAUAGGCCGGUAUCCAACGUCAAGAGGACUUGUAUGUGCUCUCCGACCACGCAUCCAGGCUCGUUCCGGUGUAGUCUUCAUAAAAACGUUUCGAGUGGCGGUGGCCAUAGUCAAAUGGUGUCGUUUCCUUCAACCAGAUUGAAUAUGUGGAGGUCGGCUAUGGCGAAUUCGAUCGUAAGAAUCGGCGGUGUGGAAGGAGAGUUGGUGAAACGAGCAUUGACCACACUGAUUCGUCCUUCUUCGCAUCAGCAGAGAAGGAGAGCGGCAUUUCAACCUAGAUCUAGUCGUCUCUCUGUCAUGUCGAAAGCCGACGACGCUUGAAAUUGCAGAAGCGUUGGGAUUCCGUCUGUGCCGUCCUCGUGAUUUUCUUCCCCGUCGUUUCACGUGUUCCGUUUACUCCCUUCCCGUUCAUUCCGUGUCCAUUCCAGGAAGGAAGUGCCGCCCGGUGAUAAAUUUCGUCACGAAACCUGCGCUGAUCCUUUUGAGAUGAAACUUUGACCUUUGACUUUUUGACUACCGGAAGAUUAAUUAAAAUUACACAUUUACGUUGGCGGAAUUUACGUGUCGCUGCUCCAUUGGAUUGGACCUUAAUUACUCUUAUGGAACUUUUACGAGUGUGGUUUGAGAAAAAUAAAUUAACGAGAAACAUUCUGAAAUUAAUAAAUUGAUUAAAAGUUAAAAGAAAAAUGAAGAAGAAAAUACAAAGGAAUGGACGUUAACAAAAAUAAAAUUCAUCAAAAUUUUAAAAAGUUUGGGAGACAAUUUUGUGCUGGAAAUGAGUGUGAUGGUUCAACAGACAAAACAGAAAUAGUUAAUAAAAGAAAGAAAAUUAAGAAGGACCCUCUCAUCUACUACAAGGCGGUGCCCCCGAGAUUCUUGUGACCCCAGUGGGAGCAUCCUUUCAAGUGUCGUUUUGAAAAAAAAAAUAUAUAUAUUAUUUUACAAAAA